AUGUGCCGAAAGAUCCUCUGUUUGCUGCGAUCGAUCGACGGCGAUGGUGCGAAUGGCCACCGAGGCGCUGGGUACGGGUAUGAUGAGAGCGCAGAAGAUGGAGACGAUCAUCAGCACCAUCAUCAUCAUCAUCAGCCGAGGCGAUACGGACAGCCUGGAAUAACGGCAGGAGCCGGUUUUGGUUUUAACCCAUACUACGGCAUGCCACAGUAUGGGUUAAACGGUCCGGUCCAACCCGGCAGCAACCUGUUCGACGUGGUAACGAAGAACACGGCCGCGGUGUUUGACAGCGUGAACCAACAGAUCGGGCAGACGUUUAACGCCGUUUCGCGUCCAUUCGGGGUUGGGUUCGGAUUCGUACCGGGGAUGGUUGGAACGGGUGGUGCUGGAGUGUAUGCCGGUGGGUUUGGUCAGUUUGGACCUCCAGGACAAUCAGGACCUCCGUAUGGGUUCAUCCCGCCAGGACAUCAGCCAGGAUUCGGUCCACCAGGUCACCAUAUGGGAGGACCUCCUCCUAAUAAGAAGCCUCCUCAAGGUGGUUGGCCUCCUCAAGGAGGUCAUUCUCAUCCUGGAAAUCGUCCCCAUCAAGGAUCGUACCCGUACAGUCCUGGCUCAGUACCUCCGGUUGUGAAUCCUGCGCCGAUUCCACCAACACAAGUUCCUCCACCACCCCCAGCACCUCCGGCCGUUCCCAACAACCCUCCUCCAGUGCCUCCUCCACCCGUAGUCCCGCCAGUAGCGAAUCCUCCACCACCACCACCACCACCAUCGUCCGGAGGCAAUGGCUGGACAAUGGAUAACCUUCCACCGGUGGCACCACCACCGCCUCUACCUUCGACAGGGGGCACUAAACUUCCACCCCCACCACCACCACCGGUGGCUCCACCUCCACCACCACCUGUUGCCCCACCACCACCCGUCCCAAAGGAUAACAGUGGUGUCGGAAACGAGGAGGACGACGCAAAUCCGGUGUACGACAUCGACAUCCGUGGAGAGUUUGAGGACAACAAGACGACACGAAGGAAACGUCAGUUCUUCCCGAAUUUGUUCAAUCAAAUUGGAGGACUCGUCAACACGGCCGUCAAUUCUGCUGGUAUGUUCGCACAAGGCGCGUUUAACCCCGGACAACAGCAGGGUGCCCCGGGUGGAUUCCCAGGAUUUUUCGGUCAGGGAAGACCCCAAUGGCCUCAGCAAGGAGGUGCUCAGCAGCCUCAGCCAACUCCGAAUAAUCCUGUAGCUGUACCACCACCUGCACCUACACCUUCAACGCCACAAGGAAGCCGGACGCCUGAGUUGAACCUUCAAACUGUCGGGGAAGAUGGCAUGGUUUGGACGUACGAAUCGCUUGGUGUGAAGCCACCAGGACGCGUGCGAAGAGACACGGACGCGAUCUUCUUCCCGGACGACGAAGAAGAUGAUCGGUUCUCGAACUACAACAAGAAACCGGGUGUUGGGAUGCCUCCAGGACUGGUUGCUCCUGUCCGAGGACCAGAACCAGCGGCCUCAGGCUCACAAGCUGGUGCCCAAAGCCAAUCCCAGAACGUGGCGAACGGAUUCCAGCAGAGCAGUGGCUCGCAAUCACAAUCGCAGACGCUCCAGAAUCAACAUGGGGUGUUCAACCAGAACGCAGCCGGCAGCACAUCCGGAAACGUGGCUGUGGACGGUUCGUCAGGUCAGCUGAGUGCGGCCAACACACAACAGCAGAGCUUCCAGACGGCGCAGGGUUCGGGAAGUCAGAACCAGGCCAACAGCCAAUCGGCCAACUUCGACAACCAGGGCAAUUUGCAGCUGUCGAAUUCGAACGCGAACACGAUGUCCAUCCGGGAGAAGGACAAGUACAAGGAGCAAGCAAACGCCGGAUCAUCCUCGGUGGUACAGAACCAGUUCGGGCAGUCGUCGAGCAAUGCGCAAACCAACUCGGAGACGUUCUUCGAGAACGGCGUACAGGGUAACAAGAACAGCGCCUCCAGCCAGAGUCAGCAGACGAAUAAGGAUGGUUCUGUGUCGGGGGCAACCAGCAACACCAUGACGAACACCUUCACGGGUCCAGGUGGCUUGACGGGAUCGUCCUCAUCCAGUCAGUCGUCUUCGUUCAACCAAGGCCGCCCAGGAGGUCCCGGAUCUGGCGCGUUCAGUGGAGCGUCCAGUGGUGCUUCGAGUGGAGCGUCUAGUGGAGCAUCCGCCAGCAGUUCCUCGGCAAGCUCGUCCGCCACAGGACCUCUGUCGUUCAGCAUUAGCGGCUCCUUUGCUGGGUUGCCAGUGGGCGCUGGGCCACUCGGAAACUUUCUGCCAAACCUACUGAACCUGCCCAAGCUCAGAGGACAGCCGGCUAAUGGCGCGUUUUAGGAAGGCGCGUGAGCGUGAGUUGCACUAGCAUUAAGACCACCUCGAACUCGAAG